AUGAAUGUAGCACCGAUUUCUUCUUUUAAUUGUUUUCGAAAUAAUGACACAUGUGAAAUAUUCUCCGAAUCUGUUGUAACAAGUCAAUUGUUGUUAGUGAGUAAUUCGAAUAGUUCAGUUUACUUUAUUUCAUUACCCAUUGAUGAUAUACAAUUGACUACUGCUGCCAUUCAAGAAACUACUAGUAGUUUUACAGGUCUAUGGUAUAAUCGACCUAUGUUUAGUUCAUGUGCAUUGUGGAAUCCAGACGCGACUACUUUUGCAGAUCAAAGUACACUUGGCCCCUACACUCAUGGGAUCUUUAUCGAUAUAUACAAUACUCUCUACGCAGGUAGCUGGGGGAACAGUCUCGUUAAAGUAUGGCCUAAUGGCAGUUCAACUGCCACAAGAACUAUUCAAGGUGGCCUGUCUGGGCCAUACAGUUUGUUUGUUGCAAUGAAUGGUGAUGUUUAUAUUGACAAUGGCGCGUCGAAUGGUCAAGUCGACAAGUCGACAUUAAAUGCCACGAUCGGAACACGUGUAAUGAAUAUUAACAAACCAUGUUUUGGUCUCUUUAUUGAUACGAAUAACACAUUAUACUGUUCAUUAGCUGACUUCAACAAUGUAUUCAAAGUUGAUCUCAUCAGUGUUUCAGGCAUACAAAUGAUGAUAGCUGGAAAUGGUUCAAGUGGAUCGACAUCAUCGUUGCUCGAUUAUCUAUGGGGAAUCUAUGUUGAUACAGACUUCACUUUGUAUGUAGCAGAUGCUGGAAACCAUCGAAUUCAGCGAUUUGGGUUCGAUGAAUUGAAUGCUACAACGGUAGCAGGAGCUAUGGCGUCGGGAACCAUUACACUUACUAGUCCGACUGGUAUUGUGCUUGACGGAAACAGAUACCUAUUCAUCAUGGAUACUGGUAAUUCUCGUAUUGUUGCAUCGAGUUCUGCUGGAUUUCGAUGUGUCGCUGGAUGUUCGGGUUCUAGUGGAUCAAGAGCAGACACAUUACUCAAUGCUCGUUAUAUGGCAUUCGAUACGUAUGGUAAUAUUAACAAUCGUAGUUUCUAUUUAUUAACCAUGGCACGUAUAGCUCUUCGAUCAAGUGAUCAAAAUUGGAAUAUUGGUGGUAGUAGUGAUGAAGUAUGGAAUGGAUGGAGUCACGUUGAAUCUAAAGAUAAUUUCUGGGGAUGUGGAAAUAAUAUUGGAAUGACUUUACAAAAAGGUGAUAUGAUAUGUACAUAUCGUGCAUCCUAUUAUCGUCCAAGUUUCGAUAUAGUUAAAUUAAAUGGUAAAUCAGCAAGUGGUUCAUUCUCUUAUGAUCGAACUAAAUCCAAAGAAGAAGUAUAUAAUGCAUUCGUCGAGUUUAUUGAGAAGCAAAUUGCUGCUCAGAGUGAAUAA